CGCGUUCAGCUGUCUGCGCGUUCGCGUACCUCCCUCCCCACCCAGGAGUGAGCGCACGCGAGUAUUUCCACAGCACGAGAGAGAGUGAAAUACACCAGAGUCAGCCCGCAGAGAGACACACAUGAGCACAAGCGUAGCAGUGUUUCAAUGAAUGAUCCAGCAGCAGCAGCAGCAGAAACAUGCGCUUCUCAGCCACGCCUGCCCUGAACAACACCGUGAACUAGGAUACAAGGUCACCUGGUGGGCUGGUUCCUCUCCGUCUUGCAUCGCCUCCUUUAGUUCUUCUCCUCCUCUGAACUCUGAAGCCUUUUGAGGAGCGAGGUCAUGGCACCGUUUUCCUCUCCCAUCCUCUUCCUGUCUCUCAUCCUCUUCCUUUCUCUGCCUCCAUCCUGUUCUCCUGAAUCCCAGUGGGAAGAACCGUCUCUCCAGCCCUCCGUCGCUCCAGAAGCUCCAUCAGAACUUUACAGUAACGUGACCGAUGACAGCGAUGGCGUCACAACGAAAAAAAAGUGCAAUCAACUGGUGGAAUGCAAUCCUGGAAUCCUGCUGCCCGUGUGGAAGCCCAUCAAUCCCAGCCUGGGAGAGCAGAUUGUCCGGGCCAUCGUGUAUUUCGUCUCUCUCAUGUACAUGUUUCUGGGGGUGUCCAUCAUCGCUGAUAGGUUCAUGGCAUCUAUAGAGGUCAUCACCUCACAGGAGAAAGAGGUGACCAUCACAAUGCCAAAUGGAGAAACGUCAGUGGCCACCGUGAGAAUCUGGAACGAAACCGUGUCCAAUUUGACUCUGAUGGCUCUGGGAUCGUCCGCCCCUGAGAUCCUCCUGUCGGUCAUUGAGGUGUGUGGUCAUGGGUUUGAAUCUGGUGAGCUGGGUCCGGGCACCAUCGUGGGCAGCGCUGCUUUUAACAUGUUUGUGAUUAUUGGAAUCUGUGUGUGGGUGAUUCCUGACGGUGAAGUGAGGAAGAUCAAACAUCUGAGAGUCUUCUUCAUCACCGCCUUCUGGAGUAUCUUUGCUUACAUCUGGCUCUACCUGAUCCUGGCCAUCAUCUCACCUGGAGUCGUGGAGGUAUGGGAGGCUCUGGUCACUCUCUGCUAUUUCCCUGUUUGUGUGAUUCUGGCCUGGAUCGCUGACCGGCGCCUCCUUUUCUACAAAUACAUGUCCAAGCGCUACCGUGCCGACAAAAGGACAGGGGUUGUUGUGGAGACCGAGGGGGACAUGACCCCCAAAGGUAUGGAGAUGAUGCUGGACGGCAAGUUUCCACUGAGGGGCGGAGCCAUAGGGAUCGGCACACAGGAACAUUGCCAGGAUGGAACCGGCAACAUAGCAGGCACCAUGCCAACUCUACCCAACUCCAACAGCACAACUGUUUACAUGGAUGGUGCCAAGGACCUGGACGAGAGCCGUAAAGAAGUGAUCCGGAUCCUGAAGGACCUGAAGCAGAAAUACCCAGAUAAGGAGUUUGAUCAGCUGGUGGAAUUGGCCAACUACUACGCCCUCCUCCAUCAGCAGAAAAGUCGCGCCUUUUACCGUGUCCAGGCCACGCGCAUGAUGAUCGGGGCCGGUAAUGUGUUGAAGAAACAUGCAGCAGAUCACGCUCGCCGUGCUGUUGUGGCAGGCUGCGAUGAGGCUUCAGAUGAGGAUGACCUGGCCGUCUGCAGCCACAUCUCUUUCGAGAGCACACACACUCAGUGCAUGGAGAACUGCGGCACCAUCAAGAUACCCGUGGUGUGUCGAGGAGGCCUGGGGGAGAGCACUUUCUACGUUGACUACUGUACGGAAGAUGGCACAGCCAAUGCCGGCUCAGAUUAUGAGUACUGCGAAGGGACUCUGGUGUUCAAACCAGGAGAAACCAGGAAAGAAAUUAAGGUGGGCAUCAUCGAUGAUGACAUCUUUGAGGAAGACGAACACUUCUUUGUGCGUUUGCUGAACCUGCGUGUCGGUGAUGCGGAGGGUAUGUUUGAGAGUGAUGACGCGGCUCAGGCUCCCAAGGCCCGGCUGGUGGAACCGCUGAUGGCCACGGUCACCAUCCUGGACGACGACCACGCAGGGAUCUUCACUUUCACAGACCGCCUGGUGCGAGUGAGCGAGAGUGUGGGAACCAUGGAGGUAACGGUGGUCCGGAACUCUGGCGCACGCGGAACCGUGAUCAUUCCAUACCACACAGAGAACGGCACGGCCCAAGGGGGAGGGGUAGACUACGAAGACGCGCACGGAGAGCUGGAAUUCACCAACGACCAGACAACUCAGACCCUUCAGGUGAGGAUCACUGAUGAUGAAGAGUACGAGAAACAUGAGAAUUUCUUCAUCGUUCUUGAGGAACCGCGCUGGCUGAAGAGAGGAAUCUCAGCCCUGCUGCUGAACCAAGAGGAUCCGGAGGGGCAGUUGAGUGCGGAGGAGGAGGAGGCCAGGAAGAUAGCAGAGAUGGGAAAACCUGUUUUGGGGGAGCACAGCCGCCUGGAGGUGGUGAUCGAGGAGUCAUAUGAGUUUAAGAGCACCGUUGAUAAACUGAUCAAGAAGACGAACCUGGCGCUGGUGAUCGGCACGCACUCGUGGCGAGAACAGUUCGUGGAGGCCGUGACCGUCAGCGCAGGUGAUGGAGAUGAAGAUGAAGAGGAGGGUCGAGAGGAGCGUCUCCCGUCCUGCUACGAUUACAUCAUGCACUUCCUGACGGUGUUCUGGAAGGUUCUGUUCGCGUUUGUUCCGCCCACGGAGUACUGGAACGGCUGGGCAUGCUUCGUGGUGUCCAUCAUUGUAAUCGGCCUCCUCACGGCCAUCAUCGGAGACCUGGCGUCACACUUCGGCUGCACCGUGGGCCUCCGGGACACCGUCACUGCCGUGGUGUUCGUGGCCCUGGGCACUUCUAUCCCAGACACGUUCGCCAGUAAAGUCGCCGCCACACAGGAUCAGUACGCAGACGCCUCCGUGGGAAACGUCACGGGCAGCAACGCCGUCAACGUGUUUCUGGGCAUCGGCGUGGCAUGGUCCGUGGCAGCCGUGUACUGGGCCGUCCAGGGAAAGAGCUUUAACGUGGAUCCCGGCUCGCUGGCCUUCUCCGUCACCCUCUUCACUAUUUUUGCCUUCAUCUGCAUGGGGGUGCUGCUGUUCCGCCGCCGGCCGUCUAUCGGCGGAGAGCUGGGCGGCCCUCGGGUCUCACGCCUGCUCACUACGCUCCUCUUUCUGGGUCUGUGGUUCCUCUACAUCCUCUUCUCCAGCCUGGAGGCCUACUGCCAUAUCGAGGGCUUCUGAACGGCUCUGAAAGGGAGAAACGGGGAGCAAACACUUGUUACGACACACACUUAUAUCUACAAACAGGCUUGAUAAACUACAUACAUCAACACAAGUUUGCACACACACACACACACUUACAAAACACUUACGAAUCGCUGAAUGCACAUCACUCAGCUUAGAUGAGACCUAGAAGAGAAUCUGAGGUGAAAGACAAAAAGAGAUGGAUGAUGCUGGAGAGAGAUGAAAGGGAAAAAAAGAAAGCAAAGCAUGUAGCAACACAGAGGGCAAAGAUGAGCGCGAUGUACUGUAAAGAGGGAGCGAUGCUGUAAAAUCGUCACACUUCUAUCUUAGGCAGAACUGAGGACUUUUGUUUCACACUGCAGACAUUGUCAUGUAACAGGUAUUCUUAUGGUUCAAGGGCCCAAUAACUAUGAGUAAAGAGAAAUGGUGUCUUCAGAACUCUAGGGACAGCAUUUUAGAUGCUAAUGAAAAUGCACCAGCAGUCGGGCUGCUAGCGAUGCGCAUCGUUCUGUACUAAAGCAGUCAUUUAUGAUUGUUGCUUGUACGAGAUGACUGCAGAGUUCUUGAGUAAAAGCAAGAUGGUCUCAAAGCAUGUAAAAUUGCAUUAGACACUGCACAGCAGGAUAUGAUGUCAUGUUCUAGGGCUAGGGCUAUUAUUUUAAUAAAUAAUAAUGCAGUCUAGUGUGACUGCACCUAACUUCGAAAUGGUUCCACCCAAGUAAGCCGUUUCACUAAUGUUGCUAAUUCUUCACCUGCUUGAUGUCGGAACUGAGCAAACUAAAAGUAAAUAAUAAUGUAAAGGGAAUGCUAAAUAAUGAAAUAUUUGUUUCGCAAAAAUAUUUUCAAAUAUUUUGUCAAAUUAAGACAAUUUAUCAGUGUACGUGACCAAGCAAUCCAAGACUUUCAAUUGUGCCCUGAACUGACAAAAAUAUGAUGCAUUUUAAUGUUAUUUAUGGUUAAUAAUUAUCUAUCACCAAUAUCUAUAUUUUCUCUUAGUCUCCCUUUUUCAGACACAUUUGUGCCCUACAAUAAAAAAAUACAUAAUAAUUUACGAUCUCAGCAAAAGAGCAUCGAAAACAGUCUGGCUUAAGGGGAUAGUUCACACAAAAAGGGGAUAGUUGCUCCAAACCUGUAUGAUAUUUUGAAGUACCGCAUGUUGGUAACCAAACAGUCGUUGGUAGCCAUUGACUUCCAUAGUAUACAAUAGUAUUUGUUUCUAUACUAUGGAAGUCAUUAGCUACCAGCAAAUGUUUGUUUUCCCAACAUUCUUCAAAAUAUUUUAUUUUGUGUUCAACAAAAGAAAGUAAUUGAGGCUAUGUAUAAAACGAUGAUGCAUUUUUAGUCAUGUGACGCAGUCAUGUCAUUGGUACUGGAGGGUGAUUUUUGUGUGAAAUAUCCCUUUAAGACUAGACGAAAGCAGCAGUAGCUCUUGGGCAGAAGAUUUUUUUGAAGAUGGAAUUAGAACGUUAUCUGUUAGAAAAUUUAUCAGAGACUCAAUAUUCUGCUAGAUUAGCCUUCAUCCUCUGAUCGGGUCAGUUUGUCUCCAAAUGGCUUUAUUUUUUAAUAAUUGUGUGUUCAUCUGAGUCACACUGAAUCCAGACACUUACAUUUUUACAUGCAUACAUAUUCUACACCUCAACAAUCCCUCUAAUUCAAUGAACAAAACAUCUUAUCACUAUGACUGGGAUCUUCUGAAACGGAACACUGGACAUCAUAAUGAUUUGAAUCUUCGGUUGUUACAUUCAUUCUGAAACGGAACACUGGACAUCAUAAUGUUUUGAAUCUUCAGUUGUUACAUUCAUUGUGUACUUCCUCUGCCUAGAAGCAAUGGAACUUCUCUUUUAAAAGUGUCAAUGUAAAGAUUCCACUGGAAACACUCACCGUCAUCUCCAACGGUCAAGCGUCAAGCCACUGGAAUGUACGCAAAACAUAGUAGUGUUCAGAGUAUGCUAGGAAUAAAAGACAUCUCCGUCUAUGCUUGCAGUGGCUGAAUGGGUACCGUCAAAGUUACUCUUAAUACAAGUUUAUUAGAAGAGCAAAUCAUUUGGGUGUCAAGUUUACUACAGUGAAAAACUGAAGCGUGUUUGUGGUCACUCAAUGCAUCCAAUGACUUUACAAGUUCUCAUAAUGAAACGCUGAAUCAAAAUGUCAUUGUACAGUUUCUAUCUGCAUUGUGUAAACCUGUCUGGGGCUUCUUGGUCUAGAACAGUUAAGAGCUGCGCAGUGAUUGGUUCUUUAUAAACUCAUUAGCUGGUUAGUCCACUCAUUAUGCGUGGAGCUGAAAGUUGAUUGGUCCCUGACAGAUUCACAAUAAAAUGUUGUUUACUCGUAUAGCACUCAGGAUUGUGUGUAUAUGUACGUUAAGGGGAUUCCAAGCGUUUUUAUGUCAUCAGCUCAUCUGUCCGGUCUGUAGAUGUUUGUGUAGCGCUGUGUGGUGUGUGUACUGUGUUCUCCUGCUAUACUUUAGGGCUGGACUUUUGUCUGUGGUCUAGUCAAUCGAAAUGCAUGAUGGAGUACAUAUUGGCAGAACUAUAACGGCAUGCUUUGACUGAAGACAUGCAUGAAUUUGAAGUUUACAGUGUUUGUUACUAAAAGGGACAACAAUGAUGGCUGCCUAUGUCAGAUCUCUUUUAUAAUAUUUUGGUGAGAGAUCAGUACUUACAGGAAUUGUUCCCCAAAAAAUGAACAUUUUCUAAAAAAAUGAAUAAAAUGUGCUCACCUUCAGGCCAUCCAAGAUGUAGAUGAGGUUGUUUCUUCAUCAGAUGUGGGGAAAUGCAGCUUUCCAACACUUGCUCACUUGCUCAUGGAUCCUCUGCAGUGAAUGG